AUGGAAACAUCGACUGAUUCAAGUUUAUGCUCAACCUGUAAUAAACAUUCGGCUAAAUACUGCUGUACUGGAUGUAAAAACUACUUUUGUCCGAAGGAUUUCAGACAACAUGAACAGCAACUAGCAAUAAAAUUCGAAGAUGAAAUAGUUAGAUCACAUGAUGAACUUCUUGAUCAAAUACAAAAAUUAGAAAAAUCAAAUCAUAUUUCAUUGGAUAUAUUCAAUCGAAUUGAACAAUGGAAAAAAACAACAAUUAGCAAAGUCGAAAAAGCAGCAGAAAAAGCUUAUCAAGAACUUAGCGAACUAAUUGAUAAACAAAGAAUAGCAAUUACAAAACAACUUGAACCAAUAACACAAGAAAUUCGUUCUCGUCGUGAAGACGAAAAUUUUGUUGAAAAUGAUAUUGAUCGACUUAGACGAAAAAUUAAUGCACUUGAUCAAACACUUAAACAAUUUGUGCAAAAUGAUAUACCUAAGAGCAUCAUUAUUAAUAGAGAUCAAAUUAAUUGGAAUCAACUCAUCUACAUUCGAGGAAUGAAAGGCGAACAACAGAAUUCAUCAUUAGUACGUACUGCAAAUCUGAAUUCGUUUCUGACACGGAUACAUAAUAGUGUAAUAGUGGCUGGAGGUAGUGGCGAAGGUAAUACAAUGAAUCAACUCAAAAAGCCAUGGGGUUUGUGUGUUGAUGAUGAUCAUACUGUCUACAUUGCAGACUGUUCGAAUCAUCGUAUCAUGGAAUGGAAACAUGGUGCGAUGGUUGGUACAGUUAUAACUGAUGGAAACGAACAAGGAAAUCGUCCUAAGCAGUUAAAUGGUCCGAGAGAUGUGACGAUAGAUAAGGAAAGAAAUAGUUUCAUUAUUUGUGAUUAUGAUAAUGAAAGAGUAAUUCGAUGGCCUCGUCAAAAGGGUGCAAACGGAGAAACGAUCAUUGCAAAUGUUCGAUGUCAUGGUUUGACAAUGGAUGACCGUGGAUUUCUAUAUGUCGUCGAUGAGAAUAACCAUGAAGUUAGACGAUAUCGAAUGGGAGAAAAUCAAGGAACAGUAAUUGCGGGUGGAAAUGGACAAGGGAAUGAUUUCAAUCAGUUGUUCAAUCCGACAUAUGUAUUCGUUGAUCGAGAUCAUUCAGUUUUCGUAUCGGAUACAAACAAUCAUCGAGUAAUGAAAUGGAAAGAGGGUGCAAAACAAGGCAUUGUUGUGGCUGGGGGUCAAGGUCAAGGAAGUAGUCUUAAACAACUAUCAUAUCCAUAUGGAAUCGUCGUAGAUCAGUUAGGCACUGUCUAUGUGGCUGAUUGUUUAAAUAAUCGAAUCAUGCGUUGGUUUGAAGGAAGUACACAGGGGAGUGUUUUCGUUGGUGGAAAUGUUGCAGGAACUCAAUUGAAUGAACUCUCUGGCCCAGUCGAUACUGUUCGUAAAGAAUUUGAAUCAUUUAUUGCUAAAGUUAAAUAUGUUUAUUAA